GGCAUUCAUUGCCACCACCUCUUUCUCCAACUCUUCUGGCAGCUUCUGACACAGAAACAGAGAGGACACAGGAUAUGGGGGGAAGAAAACACCCGGACACUUUCUAUCCUCCAAGUUAGAUUGAUGCUGUGAUUUUGAGAUUAAGCACGGCUACAACACAGUUGUAUACUUUCAUAUGACCCGGGAUAUAUAAUAUCAACUACCUGGCUGACCACUGGAAGUAGAGCUGCAUCCAAACGUACAGCUUUUGCUUUGGACGGGCUGUGCGUCUUUAGAGAAACACAUUUUUUUUCACGUCUGUGUUUUAGUAAGAGGAUCUUUUCAUGGGGUCUUUGUGAACGAGGUGCUCACAGGGUCUGUGAUCUAACUGUCAAAGCAAUCUGUUUUGGAGGGUUCUGACCAAAUGACGGCCCGGGAGAUGACCCAGUCUGGUGUCUACAGUUACUUCCUCAACAUGUUUGCCUACCAGGUAUGUUGCUGCUGUGGUCCGGCCCCGUGCUCACUGUGCUGCUCCUUCUGCCCCCCAGUCAAGUCAUCAUCCAGCACACGGAUCAUGUACACCCUGUUCCACAUUAUGGCCUGUGCCGUCUCCUGCCUCAUGCUGUCACGCACCGUCUCCGAGGCUGUGAGGGAGAACGUGCCUUUCUUCAACAUGGUGUGUGACCAGGCCCACGGCGGAGGGGACUGUGAGAUGUUGGUUGGCUACUCUGCGGUCUACCGAGUCUGUUUUGGCACUGCCUGCUUCUACCUGAUGAUGGCAGUGUUUCUCAUUGAUGUCAAGUCCAGCCAGGACUUCAGAGCACUCAUCCACAAUGGGUUCUGGUUCCUGAAGUUCAUCACUUUGCUUGGGAUGUGUACUGCUGCCUUCUUCAUCCCUACCGAGUCCUUCCUGCACGCCUGGCACUACGUAGGCGUGGUGGGAGGAUUUGCCUUCAUCCUCAUCCAACUGACCCUCAUCACAGCGUUCGCCCACACCUGGAACAAGAACUGGUUGACGGGGGCAGCGGAGGACAGGCGCUGGUACCUGGCAGUGAUGUGUGCCACCCUGUUCUUCUACAGCAUCGCCACCAUGGCCUUCACCUUCAUGUACAAAUACUACACCCACCCGGUCGCAUGCCAGUCCAACAAGUUCCUGCUGUGGACCAACCUAGCCCUCUGUGGCAUCAUGUCCUUCAUCGCAGUCACACCCUGUGUACAGCAGAAGCAGCCUCGUUCAGGGCUCCUGCAGGCUUCCAUCAUCAGCUGUUACGUCAUGUACCUCACCUUCUCUGCCCUGUCCAGCCGGCCCCCGGAGAGAAUGGUGAACCAGGGAGCCAACAUGACGCUGUGUUACCCCAGUGUGGGGCAGGACGGCGUCCAGAAGGAGACCAACGCCGUGGCCAUCAUAGGAGCCGCCAUCAUGUACUGCUGUGUGCUUUUUGCAUGCAAUGAAGCGUCCUACUUAGCAGAGGUUUUCGGUCCUUUCUGGAUGAUCAAAGUUUAUCGCUAUGAGUUCCAGAAAGCCACAUGCUGUUUUUGCUGCCCUGAAGAAGAAGGAGAGGAAGAGUUUGUGAUUGAUGAAGAUAAUAAGGGCUGCCAGAAGGUGAUUCAUAAUGAGAGUCAGAGAGUGGCCUACAGCUACUUCUUCUUCCACUUUGUCUUCUUCCUGGCCUCCCUCUAUGUCAUGAUGACUCUCACCAACUGGUUCAGCUAUGAGUCGGCGGUGCUGGAGACCACAUUCACCCAUGGCAGCUGGUCCACGUUCUGGGUGAAGAUGUCGUCGUGUUGGGCCUGCGUGGUUCUCUACCUCUGGCUCCUGCUGAGCCCACUCUGCCACUGCAGCUCGGACUCGCGCCGGCCACGCCGCUCCCGCAUUAAACGCCGCUCGGCCAACUCCUCCAGCCACGUCAGUGUCAUUGUCUGACCUGUGACCUUUGAGUCAAAGCCUGUGUUCUGGGGGAGGACAGGACAGAACCCAACUGACGGGGGGGAAGAUGGACACCCACCCCCACCUGUGCUAGACUGAGGGGCGGAGGUGGUUUGAAUUAUGUUCCCCUUGGACCCUCCCAAUGCACUGUGGUUGAGUGCCAGGGGUCAGGGUUGAGGUCAAGGGUCAGGGUUUAGAGACUCACUCCAGUAUGGACAGAGAACUACACUAACCAGACGAUUAACCCUUGAGUCUGAUAAAUCCUCACACAGACCGCUUGACCCUCUGAACACAGACACUGAAACAGGACUCUAUGGACCAGUACAGCCUCCUAUCCGAACUGAUUAAGCUUCAUUUUGUCAAUGUUUCACCACUAUAAUGAGACUGCAGUCAGUGGUUUGGGGAAAGGCUAACAAAUUGCCAAAGGGAAGAAAAAAAGACUCCCAACUUGUGGAUGACGGGAGCUGUAACAAUUUUAACUAUUGACUAGAUUUUUUUAAUUUCCUAUAGUAAGGCCUGCCUAGAGUUUUGAGAAUUACAACCAGGGGUAGAUUUGGCAGUAGAUGUGGUUUUCAGUGGUAUACACUUUCAGUAGGAUACAAUCAAGCAGUGGUCUCUCAACGAAAGAGUACAGAAAUGUUUAGGAACACUUCAGUGAAAAGUUCAUUGAACAUUUCCCAGUAUUCUGAAGGUUUAUUUUAACAUUUAGGGACGUUUUGGACUUGUUCCAAUAUUGUGAAGAUUUACAUGACCAUUUUGCACAUUGUUGUGUUAAUUUGAAUACCUUUAAUUUUCUAUUGUGUUUGCUCUGGUGUGGAGCUAAUGGCAAAUACUCAACAAAAUCCUAGAUAACACUUUCGCCAACAGGUAUAACAAUUUGUCACUUGUUACAUGCAUGCAUGAGCCUUUGUAAUGCCUCAUAGUAAGGCUUACAAUGUACUGUAUGAAUAAAAUGGAUUACAUGCAAUGCAUUGUCUGUUAGAAGUGUUACCAAAUACUCAAAUAAUGAAUAAUAUAUUUUGCAAUCUUCUGGGGGCAGUUCCAAUACUAAAGAGGUUUUGAAAUAAUUGUGGUUUUUUUACAUUUGUUUUGGCAGUUAAUUUUUUUUAUGAAAAAGCCUAGUUACAGAACUCUAACAUGUUUGGUUUGAAGUGACUCUCUAUGAUCUAGGAUGUAUUCACUAUGAACCAAAUGUAAAGAAAAACAGGUUGAAAAGGCGAGACUACAUAAUUGUCCAAUAGGAAACGCUUGUUUUCUGUUGCAAAACGCUUUGUUAUGGACUGCACUAAUGACCUCAACCUUACUUGAAGAACAAUUGGAGAUUGAGUUCCUGUAAAGACUUCUCCACGGUUUAUGACCAGUAAUUUGACUCUGUAAAACCUUUAUUUGUACAAUACUACAUUUAACUUCUUUAUUAGAACAUUGUGUUACUCUGAUAGCAGAUUUUUAUUGGAAAUACAUUUUGUAAUGAAAGUCAACCUUUGUUGAAUAAAGUGUUAUUUUGUUUUUGUGUGA